AUGAAAAAUGAAGAAAAACUAAAAGUAGAUUUAUAUCGAGAUACCCCUGUGCGAUAUUUAGGAUAUGCAAGUGAACUAGGAGAGUCCUUUCGUCCACAAGUACCAAUAUUGUUUGUUAAAUUGGGGUACGCUGUAUCGGUUUCUUAUGUUGUGGCUGAUACAUUGGACAAAACACGUCGAGCUUGGGAGGCUAAUCAAGAACCAGUUUUAACAGCUGCAGAUACUUUGCUUUGGCAAGGGAUUGCUACUUUAAUUCUUCCUGCAGUUUCAAUUAACAGGUAUUAUUUGCAAUAA